GGAGAGAAAAUACACAUACGCCUUGCAUCGAUUUUUUCUUGUUAAUAUGCAGAGUGUAGUCUCUGAAAACGUGUUCGUUUGAGUUUUUGCCGUUGCUGAUGUUUAGAAUUUUAUGACAAAUUGAUAAAACAGCAGCUUCUCAUUCAAGUAUUCUUGGUUCGUAAAAUAUUUCUGUAAUGUUGGCAGAAUUUUCUCAUGGAUAUCGGAGCUGAAUUUGACGACGAUUUUUUCGAAAAACCUAAAGAAAAACAACUCACCAAACCAUUAGAUUAUGAAGCUAAAAUUUUUGUGCCACUGUGGUACAUGAAAACUGAGAUGGCUGAAAACGAAAGUGCUGAUGUGCUAGUAGCUUUGAAGCACAAAGCUGACUUCUAUUAUUAUUCUUCAGAUUUUGCCAAAGCAGCAGAAACAUAUGAACAGUGUUUAGAGAUAGUUCCUCCUGCUAAUAAUACUUGGAAAAGAGAAUUUAUGGAAAAUCUGUCUCGUUCAUUGCUACAUCUUGGAAAUGCCGAAAAAGCCUUAGAAUGGAGUUUAAAACUGUACGAAGCAUCUUUUAGUGCAGACCAAAAGGUAGUCUCUAUGAAUCUCUUGGCUACAGUUUGUCAUAAACUAGGAAAAUACAAAGAGGAGCUUGAAGCAUUACAUUGUUGCAUUGAAGCACAUAAAUCUUGUCCAGAGUUUUGGUUGCGUCUUGGCCUUUGUUAUGCUGGCUUGUUUAAAAUCGACCUUCCUGACUAUUCCAUUCUAAAAUCUGUUAUGGACUCAGAACCUUGUUGUGCCUUUAAUUCAAAACUUACUUCUUCAAGUGAGUGUUCUGAAACUGUAAAGACAGAUGUGCCAUAUGACUGUAAAGCAGCUUCUGCUGAAAAUGCCGUUCCAUCGAGUAGUACCUCAGCUUCUGUGAAUCCUUGCUCAACUAAUGAUGAUAUAACUAAGUGUGAAAUUUGUACUUUAGGAAUCCAGAUUGUUUCUUCUUGUCUUAUUCAUACCAGGGUGUUAUUAGAUUCAAGUGGUCCUAAUCUUUUAGGACUUGAAAGAGAUAAAAGAAUAAAGGAAAAGAUUGAAAAUAGUUUAAAACAUAUGGAAGUGGAUCAGUCUUUUAUUGAAGUAGCGUCUAAAAUGUUGGGGACAGAUUUCUUGGCUGGAUUCCAAGAAGCUAGGGAUAGUCAAACCUCUAGUUUUCCUGCAACAUUAAAUUCAGAUAUACAGAAAAAUGUUUGAUGCCGAUUUUGUGAUGUAUUAUAACAUCAGUGUUCCUAUAUAUUUUAUGACAUAUCGUGGACCAGAAUGAUCUCGAACCUUUUUUUUCUUUUGUAAAUAAAACUUUUUUAGUAUAUUUUUA